CACUGGCUCAUUCACGCAUUUCGUCGAACACUUCCAAAGUGAAAAAAAGCAGGAAUCCAAAACUGUCAUGGCAUUUCGUUUUCUACUUUCGCUUCUUUCUGUGGUCGUCCUAGCGGCUUCCACAGUCACUGCCAAUGCCGGUGGCGGCGGCAGCACCAUCACUGUACCUCUUUCUCCCUUCACCAACCACCUAUCUUCAGAUCCGUACAAAAUUCUCAACAAUUUAGCCACUGCUUCUAUCUCCAGGGCCCGUCACCUCAAGCGCCCAAAACAUGAAGCCAAUAAUACGUCAGAUGUCACCAAGGCCUCUCUGUACCCGCACAGCUAUGGCGGCUACAGUAUCUCCCUCGGCUUUGGUACUCCGCCGCAGACCCUGCCCUUCCUCAUGGACACCGGUAGCAGUCUCGUUUGGUUCCCCUGCACUUCUCGUUACGUCUGCAGCCAAUGUGACUUUCCCAACAAAAACCCAUCUCAAAUACACCCUUUCUUGCCCAAAUUAUCAUCUUCUAGCAAGGUUUUGGGCUGCAAAAAUCCCAAAUGCGCUUGGAUUUUUGGGUCUGAUGUUGGGUCCCGAUGCAAAGACUGUGAUCCGAGUGUCCGAAAUUGUACACAGGCUUGCCCUCCUUACAUCCUUCAGUACGGUUCGGGACUCACCGGUGGGGUUUUAAUGCUGGAAACACUGGAUUUUUCUCAAAAAACUGUCCCGAAUUUCCUCGUCGGCUGCUCUGUUUUCUCAAUGCGGCAACCUGCCGGAAUUGUCGGGUUCGGUAGGAGUCCUGAAUCUCUACCGUCCCAGAUGGGUCUCAAUAAAUUUUCUUACUGCCUGGUUUCUCGCCGAUUUGACGAUCAACCGGUCGGCAGCACCAUGGUGUUGGAAAGUGGGUCCAGUUCCGGUGAUACGAAGACCAAAGGCCUCAGUUACACGCCAUUUCAAGAUAACCCGGUUACCUCCAACUCUGCUUCUCAGGAUUAUUUCUAUGUCACUCUUCGGAAAAUCAUCGUCGGCGAUAAGCCCGUUAAAGUCCCGUACAGAUACUUGGUCCCAGGAUCGGACGGUAAUGGAGGUACAAUUGUGGACUCAGGAUCAACGUUCACUUUCAUGGAGAGGCCGGUUUUUGUGGCGGUGGCGCAAGAAUUUGUGAAACAGAUGGGGAAUUACAGCAGAGCAACCUCCGUCGAAUUCCGUUCGGGUUUAAGCCCGUGCUUCAACAUUUCCGGUAAGAAAUCUGGGGAACUACCAGAAUUGAUCUUCCACUUCAAAGGCGGCGCCAAAAUGGCAUUGCCAGUGGAGAAUUACUUUGCCUUCGUCGCUGAUAGUAGCGUGAUAUGUCUCACCGUCGUCACCGACAAUGCACUCAGUCCUGGAGUCUCCGGCGGGCCAGCAAUUAUCUUGGGGAGUUUUCAGCAGCAGAAUUAUUACGUAGAAUAUGAUUUGGAAAACAAGAGACUGGGAUUUGCGAAACAGAGUUGCGUGUGAUUCCAUUAUCACAAAAGCGCCACUCUAAUGACGGCGACCGGUGGUGCUGGUUGUUGUAAUGGUGACAAAAAAAGAAAUUAUUCUUUUGCUGCAAUAAUUCUAAGAAAAGUUUUAACGGAUAUAUAUAUUUAUAUAUAUAAAUAUUUGAAUUUGGGUUAAAUGAGUAGUAUGAUUUUGAAUCAUUAAUAUGUAAAAGUUUGAUUUUCUUAGAAAGUCAUAGUGGGAAAGGUGAAAAAGAGGAGACAGGGCAUCAGGUUGUGCUUAAAAGCAUACUCCCUUUUCCUGUUGAAAUUGCUGAUAAUUGCAUUCUGUAAAGUAGAAUUGUAGAAGAUGACAUUUUUUUUUUUGGGGUAACCAGAAGCAGCAAAUUGCAAGGAGUUGAACUUUCAGUUCUUUGCUAACUGCAAGCAUGUCCAGUAGUAGGUGAGACUUGAAUUCGUUGUCACUCAGUUUGGCCCAGUUGAUGAACUCAAAGUCGUCACGUCAAA